AUGGACAAGCGCCAGAUCAUUGGGAGCGCCACCCGCUACAUUGCAGGAAGGAACGCAGUCCAGACGGUUUAUUGGAGGAAGUCAGCCGAGAACAGCAAGGGGCUUGUCAAAACUACCAGACUUACGUUCUUCGGGAAAAAUGAAGGCUCCGACAAAAUUGACAAUGCAGAAAUGUUCGCCAGAGUAGAUAUGAAAAACGCAAAGAAAAUAAUUAUGAAAAUAAAAGAAGAUGUAAAAGAAUGCAGAGACAAGACGUUUUAA